AUGCCUUCCUCCAAGUUCUCAUUGGAAUCCAUCCCAGAUCUGACCGGCAAGGUGUACCUUGUCACAGGUGGCAACACCGGCAUCGGGUUCGCAACUGUACUUGGUCUCGCAUCACACGGCGCAACAGUCUACAUGGGUGCCCGAAGUAAAGAAAAGGCUUUGCCAGCCAUUGAAGAUAUUAAGACACAAACAAAGUCCGGCACGGUUCACUUUCUGCAGCUCGAUCUUUCUAGCUUUGAAAGUGUCAUUUCUGCUGCCAGGGAGUUGCGACGCAAAGAGGAGGCUUUGCACGGGCUCGUCAACAAUGCGGGAAUCAUGGGUGUGCCAUUUGGAAAGACGGAGAAUGGGUACGAGGUCCAGUUUCAGACGAAUUAUAUGAGCCAUUGGCUUCUGACCUACCAUCUCUUGCCGAUAUUGACGGCAACCAGCGCCGAGUCCCCAGGCUUCGCUCGAAUUGUCAAUGUGACGUCCGAUGGACAUGAACGGUUUCCUCCUAAAGGCGGAAUCAAGUUUGAUGAUACAGACCUCGAGAACGAAGGAGCAAUGACACGCUACGGGCAGAGCAAGCUCGCCAACGUAUUACACACCAAGGAGUUGAAUCAUAGAUAUGGCCCGACUUCGUCUGGACUGCGCGUUGCGGCUGUCCAUCCUGGGCAUAUUGACACAAAUCUGAAUAAACAAGCAACCGGAACAGCUCCUAGCGCGGUGUUGCGCGCAGUUACUCCGAUAAUGCGCUGCAUCGGCAUCCUGGAGGACAAAGAAAAAGGAGCAUGGUCGUCGUUGUUUGCAAUUGCCAGCAACGAUUUCAAGGCGUCCGAUUCAGGCGCCUACGUAGUACCAUACGCAAAGAUUGGAACGCCGAGUGCGUAUGCGCAGAAUCAGGGGCUAGCGACAAAGCUAUGGGAAUGGACCGAUAGAGAACUGGGAAGCAAAGGGCUCCUAGAUCAGAUUUAG